CCUUCACCGUCUGCGGAAAGAAUUUCAAUCUCUUAGCGACUAUGAGAUCGAUCCUAAUUUCACUUCCUCCUUAUUUCUUGCACCUCUAAACCUCUUUACACCGUCGGCAGGAUGGAGGACACCGACGGAGCCGCCGUUCAGGAGGGCCACAACUUCACGCGCUAUCCAGAUCUAUCUUAUCCAGACGACCUCAUAGAUUUCACAGACUCCGAGGACGAAUCUGAACUACCACACGCCGAUCUAGUCAGUUACGCUGAGCAGGAGGCGAAUAAGGCUACUCUGAAUAACUAUCUUCUUACUUACGCGAAUAAUAACGACGAGAUCCGGAUCUCGAACCGUGAGAAGAUCGAACAGUCCAAGGCGAUUAUCGACCGUGCCCGUGAAUAUCAGCAAGAACUCUUCGAAAAGGCCAAGGACGAGAACGUAAUCGCUGUCCUAGACACUGGGAGCGGUAAAACCCUCAUCGCCGCGUUGCUGAUCAGACAUUACUUGCAACAGGAACUCAUCGAUCGGAGCCGUGGCAAAUCCGCAAAGAUCAUCUUCUUCCUUGUCAACAGCGUCCACCUCGCCCGACAACAGGCCCGGUUCCUCUCCAACAACCUGGCGCAGAAGGUCAUCCCACUAUUCGGCGACGCCUCGUACGCCCUGUGGGAAAAGGCAGAAUGGGACAAAAUUUUUGCCGAAAACAGUGUUGUUGUGUGCACGGCGGCGGUGCUGGACUUGUGCCUCAUGCGCUCAUAUCUGAAAAUAGGUCAGAUCUCGCUUCUUGUCUUCGACGAAGCACACCACUGCAAGAAGAAUCACCCAUACUCCACAAUCAUUCGAGAUUACUAUCUCAAGUGGGAUGGAGACAAACCUCGUAUCUUCGGCAUGACGGCGUCCCCUGUCGACUCGAGACGCGAUAUUAACACAGUUGCUGAGGACUUGCAAUCGUUGUUGCAGAGCAAAAUCGUCACCACCAGUGAUAUGUCUGUCUUCGACUUUGCACCUCGAGCCAAGGAUGUCAGAUGGAUUUAUCCUCCCUUGAAUGCUGAGUUCGAAACCCCUCUCUAUUCGCAACUUAUGCCCUUAUGCGGCUUCUUCGAGGACUUCAAAUCAUACUUCCGUUUCGCUCGCACGGCUUCCCGGCAUCUCGGCGCGUGGGCAGCAGACCGAAUCUGGCAAUUCGCCCUUCCGACUUCUGAGCACGAAUCAAGAGUCGUCCUUGCAAAAUUUGAACGAAGCAGGACUUACACUGGGCUUACCGAGAGCGAGAACCGAGUAGCGGCUUUGGAUUCCAUCCGUGAGGCUAUCUCGAUUGUCCAACAACAUCCAUUUGAGGCACCACAGGUUGAUUCGGAUCUUGAUUUAUCUCCCAAAGUGAGGAAGCUGUAUAGCGAACUCAAGAACCGCUUUUCGGCCAAAGUUGCGACUCGGUCGAUCGUGUUUGUGGAAGAAAGAUUGACAGCUCUUAUUCUUUGCGACUUAUUCAAGGCACUCGAUCUCCCGAAUCUACGAGCCGGCGUCCUCAUGGGUACUGCACCGGCUUCGGAUGUGAGAGAUUCGUGGAAAGAUCAAGAGGCCGUCAUGGAGAAGUUCCGCACUGGAAUCUUCAACAUCAUAUUCGCCACCAGUGUUGCUGAAGAAGGUAUUGAUAUACCUCAGUGCAAUUUGGUGAUCAGAUUCGAUCUGUACAGAACGCCAAUUCAGUACAUGCAGAGUCGUGGCCGGGCGCGGAUGAAGGACUCUAUUUUUGUCCACAUGAUCGAAGAAAACAAUCAGUCCCAAGUAGCAGAUGUCAAUUUUGCCAUGGAUCAAGAUGAUUAUAUCAGGAGGUUUUGUCAACAGCUUCCUCCCGAUCGCCUAUUGGGUCAAGGCUCGAAAUUGAAGCAGCUCAUGGCCAAAGAUGCAAGUUGCCGAAGUUUCCAGACCUCUGCUGGCGUCCUAGCCAACUACUCCAAUUCGCUAUUGCUCCUGAGCCGGUAUGCUGAGUCCUUGAGGAAGAUCGGGGCGUCCUCGUCAGAAGUUUACGAGGAGAUGAUCGGUGUCGAAGAAAACAUGUUUCAGUACAAAGUCAUACUUCCUGUCACGGACGACGAGCGGACUGCUGUAGUCAAAGGCGCCAAAGGCGAGGCGCGGACAAACAAGACACUCGCGAAGCGGUCCGCUGCCUGGCAUUGCCUUGCCAAGUUACGCAAAGCCCAGCUGUUGGAUGAAAAUCUCAACAGCAUCUUUUUCAAGGCAAAACCAGCUAAUCUCAAUGCCAGAAUCGCCGUUUGCGAAGACAAGGAUGACUAUGACAGGAAGGUGAAGCCAGAUUUCUGGAUUGAAAGUGGUGCGACAUCGUCGACACUGCCUACGAAGCUUUUCAUCACCCAUGUCUCUGUUGGGCCAAAAUCACCGUCCUGGUGCACCGAUGGCUUGCUGAUGCUGACACGCGAACCGCUUCCAGAUAUACCCGGAUUCCCUGUCUUUGUUGACGACAAUGUCGAGAAACAGGUCCAAUUCAAUCAUUUCAUAGAGCCAGUGGCAGUGACGCCGGAUCAGAUUGAAGCACUAACGACAUUCACUCUUCGUGGCGUUUUCCAGGACUUUUUCAAUAAAGUCUAUACUCACAAAUCGACCUCUAUGAGCUACUGGCUAGCACCUCCAGCCAAAGGAGAAUUGAAGGGGACUUUUGAGUCUAUUGUUGAUGUGGGUGAGCUUUUAGCCGCGCAACUCCCAGAACGCCAGGGAUGGAAAGCAUCCGGAAGCGCGGCAGAGGCAGAGGGAAACGCAAAGAAAUGGUGCAAUGCAUUUCUCGUCGACCCGAGAAGUGGCAGAUUCCGCUAUUUCACGGGGAACAUCUUGCCAGGAAGAUCUAUAUGGGACCCCAUUCCAGAAAGUGCAAAAGCAGUUCAGAAGAGACUGAAGAACACCAUCAUUGAAUUCUCUGACAGCACAUGGGGAGCAAAGAGAAAAGAUGCCCAAUCUGCCGCCCAGAUGUACGAUUCAAAUCAGCCCGUGUUGUCCGCCAAGGUUGUCAUAGCAGGUCGCAAUUUCUUGGAAGAAUGCCCGACAGAUCCAAAACGAUAUGCCAUUUGUCACAUUGCCCCCCAACCGCUGGAACUCGGUCGAAUCUCGUUCUCGGUGGCUCAGACUUGUCUCCUGUGGCCCUCUAUCCUCCGUCGAUUGGAGGGCUACCUGAUUGUGCGUGAAGCUUUCGAGAAGCUUGAUCUCAGCGAAGUGCCUCUCGACCUCGCUUUGGAAGCUUAUACACAAGAAGGCAAUACCGGAGCCCACGGCCUUGAAAUCGACUCUCUCGAUUUGGAUGGAGAUGAUGUCGAAACACAGCUCGGCCAGAAGAAACCGAGGACGUCUAUGAAUUACGAGCGAUUGGAAUUCAUUGGUGACUCCCUCCUUAAGAUGAUGACAACGAUCACAGUAUACAACCACACAACCUGCGACGAAGAAGGAAUGCAUUGCAGGCGGAUGGAAUUGAUCUCCAACCGCCGGCUGUGUACAACUGCGUCUGCUCAACAAUACGAGCUUUUUCGCUACAUCCGCGUGGCAGGCGAACCUUGGCGUGACACAUGGUACCCUGAAUUCUUGGAGCUCGAGAAAGGUCGAGUCAUCAAACUGACGGACAAACACCGCAAGCACACUCUCGGACAAAAGACCAUAGCUGAUGUCUGUGAGGCCACCAUCGGUGCAUGCAUCAUGAGCACUCGUCACUUGCCCACCGAGGAGAAAUUCAAUCUGGGAAUCAAGGCGAUCACCAAGUUCGUGAAACACCCAGACCACGCCAUCAACUCUUGGAAAGAGAUUCCGCCAAUGUACAAGCCGGCGCAUUGGGUAGCCGAGAUGAACGACCCGAUUGCUAACGAUCUUGCCAAUAAGGUCUUCGAGGCCACCGGCUAUCGAUUCAAACAUCCACGUCUCGCGCGUUCAGCAUUUACUCAUUCCUCUGAUCAGCACUCACCAGUUCAAAAUCUUCAACGACUUGAAUUCUUGGGCGAUGCUUGCCUAGAUUGGGUUUGUAUAUGGUGGUUAUUUUCCACCAACCCGACUCGUGGUCCUCAAUGGUUAACCGAGCACAAAAUGGCCAUGGUGUCGAACAAAUUCCUCGCUGCCUUGGCGGUAUACCUGGGUUUCCACAAGUUUAUCCAUGCUUAUAGUAUGUCGGUCAGCGAUGACAUUGCCCGAUACGCAUCCAAAGUCCAAGAAGCCUGGGGCGAGAAGGACGUGAAACCCGAUUUCUGGACUCGAGUGGUAUCCGAAGGCCAUGUACCAAAAGUCUUGGCUGACGUCGUCGAGAGUUAUCUGGGCGCUGUGUUUGUCGACUCCGGCUUCGACUAUCGGGAGAUUGAGCACUUCUUCGAGAAGCAUGUGAAGUGGUUCUUCGAGGACAUUGAGGCAUACGAUACAUUCGCAAACCGUCACCCGACCACGUAUCUUUAUCGUUUGCUUGAACGAGAAUUCCGGUGUCGGAAGGGUUCAUUCAUUGUCCAAGAACACAGUGAGCAGCCGACCACAAGUAUCUCGAGGGACAACGACCAAGAUGAUGACGAAGAUGCUGAAGCGAGAGAACCCAAAGGCGACGAAGACGCUUCUGGGACGACGAUGUAUGUAGCCUGGUUCGUGCAUGGGAACCUUGUGGCGCACAGCAAGGGACGGUCCGUGAAGUACGCCAAAGUCCGAACGAGCCGGACUGCGCUGAAGAAGCUCGGGACAUUGAGCAUAGACGAAUUUCGAAGUCAGUGGGGUUGCGACUGUGCGAGUAAAGAGGCCGAUGUCGCUAAGGGCAAGAAAGAGAAAGUGAAUGGAGCUGUGGAUGGGAUUGGAGGCGAACGAUAAGAAGGGUGUUGUAUGAACCUGGCCGGGGAAAGCAAGGCAAAUACCUACAUCCACCACGAGGUCCCGCGACAUUACGGUGAAAUUACUCUGGAACGAGGCGUGAGAGGAGCACUGGAGGAUGAUAUCUCGCUUAAGAAUCGGGGAGCUGGGGAAAGGGCAUGACCGGCUAAACAGCCGACACGGUCUCAGCAUGACCAGUGUUAAAAAAGUUGCUGACGGAAAGGGGAGACAGAGGCAAGCAGCACAUGACUCUCACAGAGCUGGACCCAUGGAGGUCGAGGCGAACUGCGCACAACCCGCUGUCUCUGACACGGUAGUACCACACACGAAGGUGGUAAGGCACAAAAGUUGCAUCGUACGUAUGUAAGAGUUCCAUAGCGCGCGAGCUGAAUAUCCGUUUCCAGCAUAUUCCAUAU